AUGGCGGCCACAAAAUUCCUCGCCCUGGUUGCGCAAACCAUCAUCCAGCACCCGCAGAUGCAGUGGCAGUUGUGGGCGAUUGCUGGAGUCCUGGUCCUGCUCUGCGGGCUCUGCUGGUGGCUCAGGAAAAGGAGCCGUCAGCCAGCCAGCAGCAGCAAGGAGGGCGGCUCCAGAAACACGGAGAAUACGGAGGAGGAAGAAGAAAACCCCGCUGUUUCAUUGGAUGUGGGAAGAUUUUUGAAAAAUCGCUUCCAGGAGCACGUGCAGGACCUGCCCUACAGGUCCAAAUUCGUUAAGGACCUGGUGGACAAGCUUCUGUGUGCAUGCCAAAUGUUUUCCAAGAAUGAUUUCCUGCCACGACUGCAGCCAGCCAUCAGGGUGAACAGAGCCAUCAAAGUCUGGACUCCUCAUAAGGAUGAUGCUGUCUACCGCCUGCUUGUACCCCUGAAGCCCCCCCACGGGCACGCCUUCCACCUGGAGCUGAGCACUGCAGGGGAACUACCAGCGACGAACUCAUUCCUCCGUGUGGAGCUGGUUUGUACCUGCGCGAGGGAGCGGCUGGUGGGGGACAUGCUGUGCUUCCUCCACCACCCCGAGGAGGAGCUGAGGAAAAAUCAGGGUCCCAGCCUCCUACGCACCCUCUGCACCGGCUCCUACCUAGAUAUCGAGAAAACUGCCCGCUGGUUCCAAGAACUGCUGACAACAACCUGGGAGGUUUUGCCUCUGUCGACUAAAUGCAGUCUAACGGUGCUGCCCUCCAGCCGCUCCUGCAAGCUCCAAAUCACAAAUGCCUCCAAGAGAUCCCUCCUGAUUGAGAUGAUUUUUGGGGUGCAGCAAGGCAACUUGGACAACUUCAUGAGCUCGAGUAGGCAGAGGCAGUCGUUUACCAGCAGCACGACACGGCCGGAGAACUGUGCUGUGGCAGAGCUUAACUUCUUCAGGCACAUGGCCAGGCAGGCCCCGCACGACAGCCUCCACCUCAAAUGCCUGCAGCUCUGCGCCCGCAGCCUGGUGGGCACAGGCUUUUCCACCUAUACCUUGAAGACAGCGGUGAGGCACCUCCUGACCACCAUACCCCUGUCAGGCUGGCGCAGGAGGGAUUACAUGCGGCACCUGCGCUGCUGCCUGGAGGAGAAACGCCUUGGCCACUUCUUCUUAGGCAACGAGAGGGUGCCUGAGGAGAUCAGCUUGCCCCCAGACUUCCGGACGCUCGAACCACUCAACCUCUUCCAGCGCCUGGCGCAGGAUCCGGCCACCCAGGACCAGGCAAUGAGCGAGUUCGAGGAGCUGCAACAUUGCGCAUAA